AUGGCGCCAAAUUUAGGGACAGGGAUAGAGGAUCACCAAACGGAUUCAACAGGUUCUUUGACUGGUAUUAACUUCGAUACUGCAUAUUUGGCAGAAAAUGUUGAUACUCGAUUUAGAGGAUGGAGUGAGCAUGAGCGUGUAAUUUUGAUGCGAGUUAUUAUUUACAUUGUGGCUGAAAUUUGUGCAAGAUGA